AUGGUUUUAAGUCUUAACGACUUCAUUGAUUUACGGAUUCGACAGCCUUAUAAGAGAGAUGAAUUGACAAAAUUUGUCCAAGACCUUGAGCAACUGCAGCUACCGGAUCUCAACUCCUUACCUGAGAUUACAGAAGAGGAAAAGCAAAUAAUACGAGAAGACUUUGAGUAUAAAAAGGCAAGAAUCGGAUUAGACGAUGCUUGGCUUGAAGCCUCAGAACCUGAAGAGCCAGUGCCGAUUCUCCGGGAUACGGUAGAAAUUCUUUUGGAAGUUAAAAAUUUUCUUAAAAAAGCAGAAAGUUAUAGAGCAGAUGAUAAGAUUCAUGCUUUGGAGAAGGAUUGGAAUCGACUAUCUAUUAAAGAAGACCAGACUGGGAUUACACCCGACUGCAUUUUUAGCAUGACAGAAUUAGUGUUCAAAAAAGAGAAGGAGGAGGGUAAUUUGAAGCUAAAAGAGAUUAUUCGAGAAAGGCUGAAACUCGAUUUCAAAUGGCCUUCUCUGGAUGGUAAAGAAUACCCACUAACGGUAUACAAACGUUUUGCCGACUACCUUCGAUCUAUUAAUGCUUUUUCAAUUGGCGACUUUGGACAUCCUUUAUUCUUGGAAGUUUUUACCGAACCCUAUGCAAAUCAGUUUCGCUACCAUUUUAUGUCUAAAAGACAAACCAAUUUAAUCUCAAAACCAGAGUGGUUUUAUGAAUAUCUCUUGAAAACUUUUCGCUCUUUAAGGGGCUUCUUCUUUAAUCUCAAAAAAUGCGAAGCUUUUCCAUCCUGUUCUUUACUUACAGUCUUUAUUCUCAUGCUUAAUGACCUUGUUAAGGAAAAACUUUCUCAUACUGCAAAAUUUGAUGAUUAUUUAGUUCACUUAACUCACGAAACUCUUCAUUAUACGGUUCACUUGAAACAAUAUUUCGGCUCGAAUCAUGAUUACUUGAUAGAUUUUCUGUUUUGUCAGCCUUCUAUAUAUGAAAGGUGGCUUAACCUUGAAACUCAACAAAUGAAUGCAAAACUAAAUGAUAUAAAGUCUUCCAAGGAUGCUUGGGAUAUGGCACUUAAUCAGGUUAAUGACUACAAUUUUACGGUUCCAACAAAGACUACUGUUCGUUUUCGAGACAUGAUGGAAUCAACUUAUGCUACGCUUCGGUUAUUACCUUCUUUCAAUUACAAAGUGAAUUUCUUUGAAAAGGUUCAGUUGGAACCAUUGCAACAUUACGUGCAAUGGCUUCAUUCUUUCUAUGAAGCACAUGAAAGCUCCCAAAGCGAAGCAUUACCUGGAUCGUUACAGCCAACUCGUCAAAGUAAAACUACUGAUGUAGAGCGUAUGUGCAAAUUGUACAGCAAUUUCUAUCAUUUGAAAGAAUGGAUAGAUGAUUAUGAAGAUGAAGAAAUAUAUAUUGAGAUUGGAAGUCAAUAUGGUUAUAAAGAACAUUCUUCGUUUUUCAACAUAAAGAAUAAAAUUGAUGCUUUGAAAACAGGAUCCUUUCGACUCAUCUUACGUGCAGCAAUUCAAAUGCUACAGCCUUUAAUAAAUGACUAUGCUGACAUCGAUACGUGGAGAAUAAAAGAUCAACCACUAAAUGUUGAUUUCGCUACAUCUUCAGUAUCCUCAGAGAUACUGAAAGUACAAAAUGCAUUACGAACACUUCUAAAAAGCUUAGAGAAUAUUCUAUCCGGUGCUUCAUUGCGUGAGGUCGUGUACCAGUUAGGAAUAGUUGUUGAAAAUUGGUUUGUUAAAAUCAUUAUGUCUCAUCAAUUUAGUCUUCGUGGUGGUAUACAGUUUGCAAGAGAUAUAAUGCAAAUAUUGUUGGAAUUUUCGUACUACCCCUUAUUGACUUUCAAAAAAUUGACAUCGACAGUUGAACUGCUCUCAUUAGAUACGGGCAAAGAAAUGAGUGUCAAGGAUUUUAUUAUUGCGAUUAAGGAUGAAGAUCACCAAAUUGUUGAUCAAUUAUUAAAAGAAAAAGGGAUUGAGCUUCAAUAUGCAGAAGUGCUUGAUGUUCUAUAUCGACGGGUAGAGGCAUGGAAGGACUAG